AUGGAUAUUGAAUCGACAACGCAAGCAAAGGAAUGUGGAGUUUGUGGUCGUUGGUUGGGUUACGUCAAGGCUUUGCCUGAGAAAUCCAAAUCCAAGAUUAUGAACUUCACAAGCAACAUAAAGAAGACUGCACUGGCUGACCCCAGGAGAGUAAUUCACUCGUUCAAAGUGGGAAUAGCUCUGACGAUAGUGUCGUUGUUAUACUACAUCAGGCCUCUUUACGAUGGCUUUGGAGAUGCUGGAAUGUGGGCCGUCCUCACUGUGGUCGUCGUAUUUGAAUUCACAGUAGGUGCCACUCUCAGCAAAGGUAUGAACAGAGGAUUUGCUACCCUAUUGGCCGGUGCUUUAGGGGUCGGAGGUCAACACUUGGCUACUUCUUUGGGAGAAACAGGAAAACCUGUUGUCCUUGGGACCCUCGUCUUCAUUCUGGCCGCAGGAUCGACGUUUUCCAGAUUCUUUCCUAGGAUCAAGGCAAAAUAUGAUUAUGGGGUGCUGAUAUUUAUAUUGACAUUCAGUAUGGUCGCAGUGUCGGGCCAAAGGGUUGAGAAUAUUUUCGAGCUUGCAUAUCAAAGACUCUUAACAAUUUUAGUUGGGGGAGCAACCUGCAUGGUCAUCUCCUUAUUGGUCUGUCCAGUGUGGGCAGGCGAAGACCUUCACAAUUUGAUUGCUUCCAACUUAGAAAAGCUUGCCAAAUUCCUACAGGGAUUCGAAUGUGUAUAUUUUGAAUGCUCAGAGAAUAAAGAGAAUCCCGAUAACUCAAUCCUUCAGGGAUAUAAAAGUGUUCUCAAUUCCAAAGCAAGUGAAGAGUCAUUGGCAAAUUUCGCGUGGUGGGAACCAGGACAUGGCCGUUUUCGCCUUCGCCAUCCUUGGAAACACUAUGUUAAGAUUGGAGCACUUGCUCGAGAAUGUGCUUACAAGAUUGAAACUCUCAACCGUUACCUGAACCCUGAAAUCCAGGUUUCUUUAGAGUUCAAAGGUAAAGUUCAAGAACCAUGCACGAAGUUGAGCUCCGAAGCCAGCAAGGCAUUGAAAGCAUUGUCAUUAUCCAUCAAAACAAUGACAGACCCGUGCGAUGCAAAAUCUCAUAUAGAGAAUUCUAAAACCGCGAUCAAAGGCCUGGAAAUUGCAUUGGAAACCGCUUCGUUAGAUGAUGAUCAGGAGCUCAUAGCUAUCGUACCAGUGGCCACGGUUGCAUCAAUACUGGUAGAAAUCACGAAGUGCGUAGAGAAAAUUCAUGACUCCGCAUCCGAGCUUUCUUAUUUAGCCCAUUUCAGGAGUGUAAAUCCCAAUGCCCCGGUCUCACCGGACAAGCCACACCUCCUUCAUCGAGGAAUCAUAAAACCUGUUGGAGAAAGUGAUGGCGCCGGCCAAUUGGAAAUUACCAUAGAAGUGCCAAACACGGACUCAUUAGAAAUAAAAGCGCAGCACCAAACUAACUCAGCCACCUGUAAAUAAAUGUUGUUAAUUUUGAGGGACACUGGAUUUUCACUGGACCUUUUUUUGAUCCGUAGUGACGCUGAGUGGAAUAGUAGUCUCCAAUUUCAUAUAUAUCCUUUGUAUUCUGGGAACUGUUGAGUCUGCAAUACUUCAAGGGAGAAGCUGUCUCGAUUUCUUUCGUUGCUUGUAUUGUAUUCUUGCAUAUUCUCAUCACUUUCAAUAUUUUCAGUACUUUUCUUAGUCA